UUUCUAGGCGGAGUAAAAAUAAAUUACCGGUAGGUUAUUCUCCUUUGCUAACCGCGUUUGUCAUUGCCUAUACUCUAUAGUGAUUAUUUGAACAUAUAAAACAAGGUUAAUUUUCAAUGGACCCUACGUAGCUCUAUGUGGUCAAUGGGAUUUGUCUGCUACCAGCAUUUUGAUCGAUUAAGAGGAUUUUCCUUGUGUUAUUCUUAGAAAUCAAGUUGGUGCAAGCAAAAGUCACGUUUGACAGUAAUAGCCUGAGAAACUGACCUGAACGUUUACUGUUUUUUCGAAUAAUAAAGCCUAUUUUCAGCUGACUGCAUCUAUACAAAGGAACUGCGAAUUGUUUUCAACCGGAAGAAGACCCGUGAGGUCAUGGGGGGCAAAGUCAGUAGCAAAAUGGCGACUGUUGGGCGGGUUGUACAGGUACGCUUGUCUAACUGGGUAAUUUAUCGCUCUGCAACCACUCUUGUCACUCAAGCUGUGAAACCUCAUGCUCCACUAAUCAAGUUUCCCAACAGAGAGGGCGUACCCAGGCCGAAUGUCCAAGAGGCUCUUAAAACAUUAGCAGUCAGCUCUCCUAGUCCACCUCCACUUGUAGUGCCGCUGCCGUUAUCAAGACCCCCAGGACCUUUCACUCGGCUCCCUGGAACCCCAGACAGCUUGGCCACAGUGAAGGAACUCCCCGAAAGAUACCGCAGGAGAGCACUGGAAGCAGAAGAGAUGGACUAUAUCCAGCGUGGUGGACCAGAGUGAUGUUGAGUGACUCAGUGAAUGCAACCAAGGUCCUUAUCUGUGGAAAUCAUUUUCUUUGCCUCAUUUUGUUCCUCAACAAGAGGACCUGCUGCAACACCUCAUUAGAUGUUAUGCAGAGUAAAGAUUUUAUUCAUGUUGAAAUUGUACAUAUAAAGUUUAUUUUUAAAGAUG